AUGCGCUUCGGCGUCGCUGUGGUCUUCCUCGUAGCUGCGUUCGUGGCAAGUUUCACCCACAUCGAUAGCACCGAACACGUUGCCCUUGUCGACGACGAUCGUCGUCUUCGUGCAGAGGCCCCCGUUAACAAGGCCGGCGCUUCUAAACUUGCCGGGGAACUGGGAGUGAAGCUGAAGGAGAACCCUGCUCUGACGAAGACUGUUAACACCAUCAAAAAAUCAGGUGGCAAUAUCGUGGCUAUCAAAAACACCGUCAAGCAAUUCGCUGGUAAGCUUGCCAAGGAUGGAGCCAAGAUAAGUGAUGAAAGCGUUACCAAGAUAUCGAAAACUAUAUCUGAAGUCCUGCAAAAGCAUCCGCGUGCUAAAAAAAACGCCAAGAUAACGUAUAUCAUCGCCACUGGACUGCUUUCCAAGUACGGUUUAUACAAACUACUGUUUGAUAGGGACUCCGAUAAGAACAGCACGGCUCCAGCUAACACUACAACCGCGACUAGUACUACUACUACGGCAUCGAAUGUAACGUUAAAAUAA